AUGAGAGAUGACACUGGAUCUGAAGCUCUGUUGGAUGACAGCUUGUGUGGCAAUUUUAAUGGCAAGGCUAUUGAUGACUUCACCUCUGUACAGAAUGUGGUUGAACAAUCGCAUGUCAUUUUUGCUCAUUCAUGGGCUGCUGACAUUAAAUGCAGCUCUCCUGAAAAGGAAAUUCCAACUUGUGUCAGUUCAGAAAAUGAUAUUCACAGACUACAUUCAACCAAACUUUAUCCAACUUCUUUUGUAGAAUUCUAUGCAAAGGAACAUUGUGCUCUUCUGAAAACAAAUGAUGUUUUUGCUCAAUGUCAUUCCACAGUGGAUUACAUUCAAUAUUAUCAGAUGUGCAAGAUUUCCAUAUGCAACUGCGAUAAUCUUGAUCAUUGCAUCUGUGCUGCACUGGGGGCUUAUGUUCAUGCAUGUGCUGCAAGAGGUGUCAUACUGAGCGGUUGGAGUGGAACAAUUUGCAAUACAACCUGUAAGAACAACCAAAUUUUUGACAAUGAAAUGACAACCUGUAACCGGAACUGCAAAUUAUUAACCAAAACUGAUUUCACCUGUGACGUGAAGGAUACUCCAGUUUAUGGCUGUGGCUGCCCAGAGGGCAAAUAUAUGAAUGAAAAUGGAGCCUGUGUUAAUGCUGAAGACUGCUCGUGUUACUACAAGGGGAUUUAUAUUCAACCCGGAGAGAAAGUUGCUGAUUGGUAAACAUACCUGUUAAAGUCUAUUCAAGUGUAAUCAUGAACCAAGUGAAACUAGAUCAUUAACUCCUUUUUUUGUCACUUCAGUUAUUGUCAAGGGGGAUCAAUUGGUUGCAAUCAAGUUACUGAAGCCACGACUACACCCACAGGUAAAAUUUGUAGCUUUUUGUGCUGUCAUAAUCAGAGGCCUGCAUCGAAAUCUCCAUGAAAUAAUUUUCCGUUUUUUGUUUAAUUCAUUAGUAUGCACAGGGGGAAAGGAACUUGUUCGUUGUUCCCCUACUGGAAAUCAGACUCACUGUGGAAUGAAAUGCAGUAACCUGGCAUUACCUUGUGUAAGUUUUGUCCAAUAUAAUAAGCUGUUCAAAUUAUACAUACUUGCAUACCACACAAAGUACUGAACCA